AGUUUCAAAAGUGAAACAACUAAGUCAAAUUGUGUUAUAUUUUCUUUAAAACACUUACUCGGGUAAAAUUUAAUUUCACUAAUAAUGGCCAACAAACAAAAUCUAUUACUUUUGUUCGAGCGUCCCAAUGAACCUGUGUUCAUGGAAAAGGGUACAACCAGCACGGUAUUCGAUGUUCCCGAUAAGUUCUUAACCGAUCGUUAUCGUCCUAUUGGCAAUGAAGUCCAGAGCCGUUUCGGUGAUAAGGCUGAGAAACGUAUUCUAGUACGUGAUAUUGCUUUGCCUGAUUUACGUAUUCCAAUGUCUUUGGGUCGUGAUGAGCAGUUCUCUCUAUUUGUUCCUCGUCACAGACGUAUUGCUGGACGUUUGAUUGAUAUUUUCAUGGGUCUACGUACAAUUGAUGAUUUGCAAAGUGUUGCUGUUUAUGCUCGUGAUCGUGUGAAUCCUUUCCUGUUCAACUAUGCCCUCUCUGUGGCUUUGUUACAUCGUCCCGAUACCAAGGGCAUGGAUUUGCCUUCAUUUGCCCAAAAUUUCCCCGAAAAAUACGUUGACUCCAAAGUAUUAGGUCAAGCGAGGGAAGAAGCCACUAUUGUCGCUGAGGGUUCUCGUAUGCCAAUUGUGGUACCCAGAGAUUAUACUGCAUCUGAUUUAGACCCCGAACAUCGUUUGUGGUAUUUCCGUGAAGAUUUGGGUAUUAAUUUACAUCACUGGCAUUGGCAUUUGGUGUAUCCUUUCGAAGCUGGUGAUCGUUCUAUUGUUGCCAAGGAUCGUCGUGGUGAAUUGUUCUAUUAUAUGCAUCAACAGAUCAUUGCUCGUUAUAAUAUGGAACGUUUUAGCAACAAUUUGGCUCGUGUUACCAGAUAUAACAAUUUCCGUGAACCCAUUGCUGAGGGUUACUUCCCAAAAAUGGAUUCCCUUGUAGCUAGUCGUGCCUGGCCACCACGUUUCGAUAACACCGUCAUUUCCGACUUAAGACGUGAAUUGGAUCAAAUUAAUUUGGAUGUUGCUGAUAUGGAAAGAUGGCGUGAUCGCAUUUAUGAUGCCAUACAUCAAGGUUUCGUUAUCGAUGAAAGUGGCAACCGAAUUCCUUUGGAUGAACAACGUGGUAUUGAUAUUUUGGGUAAUAUGAUGGAGUCUUCAAUUAUCUCUCCCAAUCGUUCAUUAUACGGAGAUCUCCAUAACUUGGGUCAUGUAUUCAUUUCAUAUUCCCAUGAUCCUGAUCAUCGCCAUUUGGAAUCUUUCGGUGUUAUGGGUGACUCUGCUACUGCUAUGCGUGAUCCUGUUUUCUAUAGAUGGCAUGCAUUUAUUGAUGAUAUCUUCCAAGAGCAUAAGGCUCGUUUGCCUGCCUACACAUUGCCUCAAUUGCAAUAUGAUGGCAUAACUAUUUCCGGUGUUCAGGUUGCAGCUGAUGGUGGUCGUCCAAAUGUUCUAUCAACAUUCUUCCAACAAUCUGAUGUUGAUUUAUCCAGAGGCAUGGAUUUCGUACCUAGAGGCAAUGUAUUUGCUCGCUUCACUCAUUUGCAACAUACUCCCUUCACCUAUACCAUCAAUGUCAAUAACAAUAGUCGUGCCCAACGUUUCGGUACAGUGCGUAUAUUCUUGGCACCCAAGACUGACGAGAGAGGUCAACAGAUGUUGUUGAGAGAUCAACGUUUAUUGAUGGUUGAAUUGGACAAAUUCAUUGUGUCAUUGAAUCCUGGUCAAAACACCAUUCGUCGUCGUUCUUCGGAAUCCAGUGUUACCAUACCUUUUGAACGCACUUACCGUAAUUUGGAUGCCAACCGUCCUGCUGCCGGUUCUGCUGAUGAAUUGGAAUUCAAUUUCUGUGGUUGUGGCUGGCCUGCAAAUAUGUUGAUUCCUAAGGGUCUUCCAGAGGGUAUGCGUUGUGAAUUGUUUGUCAUGGUGUCCAACUAUGAAGAUGAUCGUGUUGAUCAGCAAUUGGUGGGUGCUUGCAGUGAUGCUGCUUCCUACUGUGGUGUUCGUGAUCGUCUCUAUCCCGAUCGUCGUCCCAUGGGUUAUCCCUUCGAUCGUUUGCCUCGUCAAGGUGCUGACCGUCUGGUUAAUUUCCUGACUCCUAACAUGAGUGUUGUCGAUGUUGUCAUUCGUCAUGAUCCCAAUAGAGUUGUUCAACGUCAAAAUUAAUAAAGUUAUGAAAACAAACCGUAUAAACACUUAAGAGACAGUUAAAAUUUAACGUUAAUAAUACCAAAUAUGUUACAUACAUGUACUUUCAAUUUAAAUACAUAAAUAGUAAAUCUAAUAAACAAUCGAAAUAAUUCAAC